GUGUGUGUGUGUGUGUAUGUGUGUGCCUUUUGUGUCUGACUCCCUCUCCAACUCUUUGUGUGUGUGUGUGUGUGUGUGACUGACUUUAUUUAAGACAAGGGCCCUUUUGUUUUAAGCCAGAGAAUGGCUCUGAGGCCGAAGCUGGCCCUGUAAUUGGCCUACUUAGGCCCUGCUUAGCAUGAGAAAAGCCUUUACUUGGCCCGGCAGUGCCAAGCUAACUCUUGUUUUCGGAGGACGGACGCGACUGAUCAGAAUUCAGAUUAGCCCCUGAAAAACAUCCAUCCAUACCACCCCCAUCCCCCCCUGCAAGUGCACUAUCCCCCUUUGCUUUAAACACAGUGCUCGCUAAUUACUUAACGAGAAUGCUGGGAAAAAAGUCUACUCUUUAACGGAGUAGUGGUGGAGUCUAUUUAAGGGAGGGGGGGUGGGGGUUGCAGGCUCUUUUUCACCUCUUCCCUUCUUGCUAAAAAAAGGGAAAAAAUAGCCUCUCCAUCCUUCACUGUGUCUUUUAUUCUCGCGCUCUCUUCCCUUUUUUCGAAUCAGCCCAGACGCCACUUGUUGCCGCCGAAUCAUUGAACUUAAUUAACGGGCACAAUGUGUGAGCGGUUUGCUAAGUUCGAGCCGUAAACAGAGUCACAGAGUUAGAGGAGGGAAGAGGCAGCAGGGAGGAGAAGUAAAGACUCUGAGCUGCGGAGGAGCCACCAAGUGAAGUGAACGUUCUCCACGCUGAGCGGCAUGAGGCGGCUCCCACGGAGUCGGUACUGGGGGGUGAGAUGGGUUUGGGGAGUCCCGGCGCAGCAUCGCCCACCAAGCCGGCCGGUCAGUACUACCAGCACUACGGCUCCAACCCGCGGAGGAGAACGCUGCCUAUGGACGCCAUGGAGGUUCACCCAAAGAAAGUGCGGAAGGUCCCUCCCGGCUUGCCGUCCUCAGUGUACGCUCCGUCUGCCAGUACAGCAGACUACAACAGGGACUCACCGGGCUAUCCCUCCUCCAAACCUCCCAGCGCUGGCUUCCCGAGCUCAUUCUUCAUGCCAGACGGUCACCACAGCGGCGACCCCUGGAGCAGCAGCAGCAGCAGCAUGAGCCAGCAGGGUUACCAUGGCAGCAUGCUAGGGGGCGGGAACUCGUCCCACGGCCCCGCCCAGAGCUCCUCCUCCUACUGCGGGAUUCACCCUCACGACAGAUUGAGCUACCCGUCGCACUCGUCUGCAGACAUCAACUCCAGCCUCCCCCCCAUGUCCAGCUUCCACCGAGGGGCGGGGGGAGGAGGGGGUGGGAGCGGAGGAGGGGGCAACCACUACAGCACCGCCUCGUGCACCGCUUCCACCAACGGCACAGAAAGCAUCAUGGCUAACCGAGCGCCGAGUGCAGCAGCCAGCAGCUCUCAGACAGGAGACGCCUUAGGAAAAGCACUCGCAUCCAUCUACUCUCCAGACCACACGAACAACAGCUUCUCGUCCAAUCCCUCCACCCCAGUCGGCUCGCCGCCCUCCCUCACAGCUGCCAGUUCAGCUGUCUGGUCGAGGAACGGCGGACAGGGAGCGUCGUCGCCGAACUACGAGGCUCCGUUGCACUCUCUGCAAAGUCGCAUCGAGGACCGCCUGGAGCGCUUGGACGAUGCCAUCCACGUGCUGCGGAGCCACGCGGUGGGACCGUCGACGGGUAUGGCCGGCGGGCACGGUGACAUGCACAACCUCAUCGGGGCGGCACACACGCACAACGGCGCCAUGGGCGCUCUGAGCAGCGGGUACGGUUCGGGACUGCUGUCGGCCAACAGACACUCCCUCAUGGGGGGCUCUCACAGAGAAGACGGCGUGGGCCCUCUGCGCGGCGGACACUCGAUGGCGGGUCAGGGGCCGGGGCCUCAGCUGCCGGUUCAGUCAGCCACGUCGCCGGACCUCAACCAGCCCGACCCGUACCGCGCCCUGUCUGGAGGUCUUCAGGGCCAGAGCACCUCCUCCGUCGGCUCGGAGAUCAAGUCGGAGGACGAGGGGGACGAGAACCUCCUGCAGGACCCGAAGUCCAUGGACGCCAAGAAGGAGGACGGCGACAGCAAGGACCUGAAAUCAAUUGAGAGCAACAACGACGACGAGGACCUGUCUCCGGAGCAGAAGAUGGAGAGAGAGCGGGAACGGAGGAUGGCGAACAACGCGCGGGAGCGUCUGCGGGUCCGCGACAUCAACGAGGCAUUCAAGGAGCUGGGCAAGAUGGUGCAGCUGCACCUGAAGAGCGACAAGCCUCAGACCAAGUUACUGAUCCUGCACCAGGCCGUGGCCGUCAUCCUCAGCCUGGAGCAGCAAGUCCGAGAGCGGAACCUGAACCCCAAGGCGGCCUGUCUGAAGCGUCGCGAGGAGGAGAAGGGCAACGUGUCAUCGGACGGGGCUUCCCUCUCACUGGCCGCCGCGCACCACGCCAUGAGCGACGCCUCCAACCCCCUGGGACAAAUGUCCAAGGUGCCAGAGUUCAUCAAGAUGAUGAGUGACCACUUCCUCUGACAGCGUUUCCAUGACAGCCCGGCAAUCGAUCGACCCCCCCCCCCCCCCCCCCCCCCCACCCCGAUCUCUGGAUCUCCGGCCUGACCACUCAGAUCAGCCUCUCUCUCUCUCCUCUCGUCUGUCUCUUAUCCUCCUCCUCACCUCCGUCUCCUUCUUCUGUCGAGAACACGAACUGCAGAGUCACAGUAGAUGCUUUGGUCACCGAGUGAACUGGAUGCUGCUUUGUGGAGACGUUGAGCUGUAACACCGGCUGCUACAAAAGUGACGGUUUGUGGGAGCUUUUGACACAAAGUGACAGCAAUGGACAAGUCUUUGCGAUCACAUCAUCCAAGAAAUUCUUCUUCUUGUACUACUUGUUUUAUCAGCACUCCCAGUUGUAAAGAACAAAAUGGUUCUAUAUAUAUAUAGUAUAUAUGAGAAAAGGAAAACAUGACAAAAAGCUUGUUAAAAGAAUGCGACAGGACGCGGGCGGUGAGGAGGGUACGGGUUGUGGAGGGUUGUUCAGAACGGAGCGAAACAUAUCACAAAGUGUUUUAAAGAGUUUUCCUUUCUUUUUUUAAAGCAACAUUGCGCAGCUGUCGUUGGAUGCAGCUCCGGCGCGUCUCUGACUGAAUGGCAAUCUUAAAGCCACACUGUGGAUGAAGCUGUGCCUGAUCUCCUCUUGGAUGCAAACCAGUCACAUAGAUACACACGGAGAAGCGAAGCGAAACAAACAAAAACAAAAAAUGUCAAGAAGUAUCACAGAAGCAAGUUGCCCACUCACACGUCCCCUUACGAGCCAGACCUUUCCACAGAUCAAAGUAUACAUUUAAAAGAAAGAAGACAUGAGGUGCCGAGUCAUUCGAACAAACCAAUUAAGUUCUCAAGCGCUUUUUGACGAUCAUAGAUGCCGAGAGAAAAACGGGGCUCAACAGGAAAAACGGGGGCAACCCGUUCUUCCCCUUCUAAUGCAUUCCCUCUUAACCUGCAAACAUUCACAGUAGAUUGUGUGAAGAAAAAUCUCAACCUCUUUGUGUAUUUCUAUUAGUGUUUUAUGCUAACGGCCGCGUUAACUUUGUUAGCAAGUGGCUAAAUUGUGCGAACUGCUAACUCUUUAGUGUGAUCACAUACAAAAGCCUGGAGAGUUGUACCUAGAUGGCCCGUGUGUAUCGACUGGGAGGAAGAGAACACUUCAAGAAUCAAUCAUUGAAUCAGUUAAUCAAUCAAUCGGUGAAUGACUCCAGAGGGACUGAGGUGUUUCAAUUAUUGAGGCUAGAAUUACAGAAGAGAAGCAUGAAGGAAGAAUCAUGCAGUAAUGAAAACGUGUACUUCUAAGGAAAGACUUUUCUCGACACCUUCAUUUGAGAUUGUUAUUGUGGGUUUGUAGUGCGAAUGCAAACAUGACGACAGAAAGAUCCCGAAGCGGAGUCCUUUGUCAGAUAUUCAUCAGCAUGCCCACAGGUCAGAGCACGCAGGAGUUCUAAUCGGCGUCCAGGCCUUGGCUGAAGUCUGAGGAUUGCUGGGCAGAUGGUUGGGAGGACGGACAGAUGACACACACAGGGGAAGAGGGCCGCACUCAGCACUGAAGUGAAUUCUAUUCCAUGUUUCAGCACAUUCCCCGAAUUACGAUCACUUGAAUCGAGUGGUCCGGAUGUCCCCGAGGGCCUGAGCUAUGAGAGUUUUGGGAGUCGUUGAAGGGUAAGGGGAAAGGAUUUAAGUGGGCCAACAUCCUUAGGAGCUAGAGAUAGAGGCAGAGGAGGAAGGAGCUCGUGGUCUGCAUGAUGGCACCGCUGCAGGGGAAGCAAGGGAGCAAUCAUCACGGUGAGGGGUGUGUACUUUUCUUCUGGGGGCCAAGCAGCAGUAGUCAAAGCAUUCGUGUGUUGGACUCAUUUGGUUUGCCCAUUUCCUGGUUUAGUAUCUGAAUCCCUAACCUGCACACUGGACUACCCUGCCCUGAGUCAAUACCUUGGGGGACUUUCUGAUUGACCACUUGAUGCUAGCUGGGUGUUGCUGGGACUAUUAGCUGCUACACACUUCAUUGGCCUUGCAAUCCUCUAGGGAUGUUGAUGUCUGGCAACAUGUGGAACUGUCCUCUGUUCUGCAUUGCAUUGUAGAGACUAAAGCCUCACAUCUAGUACUGACCUAGGGUUCAGACAUUCUGAUUACCUUGGUCUGCUCAAUAUACAUGAAAAUUAAAAUCAUAUUUGAAUCAAAUGACACCAGAUCAGUACUUACCUGGUGUAUAAGUUUGGAAGAACAUUGACUUGGGAGUGAUACAGGAUCGGGACAAAACGGGAUGUGGCAGUGACAAAAGUCAUGACCGGGACCUUUGAGGAAUAAAUACAUCCAGACCAGAUAGGGCAGGAAGAAGAUGGUAGUGUUUAUUGCAUUGCUAUGCAUCAAGGUCUACUGAUUGGAAUGUCUGCAAGGACGUUCAUUGUUUUCUGGUGUCAAUCUGAAAGUCCCCUUUCACCAUCGCCCCAGUGUGAACCAUCCUCAGUCCAGGCCUUUGUUUAACACCCGGUCCCAGUUCUGUCUUCUCUGCUGACCCUA